GGCAUCUGCAGAGCACAGUCCGAGGGCAGACCGUGUGAAUAUAACUCCAAGAUCUACCAGAACGGCGAAAGCUUCCAGCCGAACUGCAAACACCAGUGUACGUGCAUAGAUGGAGCUGUGGGCUGCAUCCCGCUCUGCCCGCAGGAGCUCUCGCUUCCCAACCUGGGCUGUCCCAGCCCCAGGCUGGUCAAAGUCCCGGGGCAGUGCUGCGAAGAGUGGGUCUGCGAUGAAAGCAAGGAUGCGCUGGAUGAGCUGCAAGGCUUCUUCAGCAAAGAGCUCGGUCUGGAUGAUUCCGAAGGCGAACUAACCAGGAACAAUGAGCUAAUCGCCAUUGUGAAAGGAGGCCUGAAAAUGCUACCUGUUUUUGGAUCCGAGCCACAAAGCCGAGCUUUUGAGAAUCCCAAAUGCAUUGUGCAAACAACCUCCUGGUCCCAGUGCUCAAAGACAUGUGGAACUGGCAUCUCCACAAGAGUUACCAACGACAAUGCCGACUGCAAGCUCAUCAAAGAGACCAGGAUAUGUGAAGUGAGGCCAUGUGGCCAGCCUAGCUAUGCCUCCCUAAAGAAGGGAAAAAAAUGUACCAAGACUAAGAAGUCCCCAUCCCCAGUGAAGUUUACUUAUGCCGGAUGUUCCAGCGUGAAGAAGUACCGCCCCAAGUACUGUGGCUCCUGCGUGGAUGGCAGGUGCUGCACGCCCCAGCAGACCAGGACUGGCAAGAUCAGGUUCCGCUGUGAUGAUGGGGAAACCUUCACCAAGAGCGUCAUGAUGAUCCAGUCCUGCCGAUGCAAUUACAACUGUCCGCAUGCAAAUGAAGCUUAUCCCUACUACAGACUGGUCAAUGACAUUCACAAAUUUAGGGACUAAGUUGUGUUGGGGGUGGGAUGCUAAACAGAAUUUUGAAGUAACCAGCCGUGGAGAAAGGACCUUUGAUGGAAAUGGUGCCUUGCCCAUUUGAGGGCAACAUUGAGAUGUUACAAGAGUGCACUGUGCAACUGGACACUAAAUGCAACAGAGAUUUAAGCCUACUUAAAGCUUCAUAGUACUGGAGCAACUUUACUGCUUCUUUUUGGAGCACCUUAUCUAAUAAUAUACUGUUUUCUGUUUGUAAGUGAUCAGAUAAAUGUUUUGUUCUGGUUAUGAAAACUUUUUUCUAUCCUGUUCAAUUUAACACUAUGCUUCUCCCCCUCCCUCCAUCUUCUCCCACCCUUUCCCAACCAAGUUGGAAGUUACAUUCCUUCCUGAGGUGGGCACUUGUGGGGUGUUCACAGUGGCAGCUAUUAUGUACCAACUGUAGUUUAAUGGCAAACAGAAAUCAGUUGUUUUAAAGCUGAGUAUUUUAUUUAUCAAA